AUGGCGCUGGAAACCGUGUCGCUCGAGCAUGUACCCUCGUCGUAUGCCGUGUACUUGACCCUCUUUCAGGACAUUCAGAACGCUGCCUUUUUGCAGCAACAACUGCUCGAUCGAAAUGCCGACUUUGAAUAUGCCUUUGUCGACGCUUCCGUGGUAGUGUCUCGCAAGCAGCUGCUUUCCGCAGUCUUCAAGGCCAUCACGGCGGCUGCAAAUGGCGCACUCAAGACACCUAAUGUGCACUCUGAGAUUGUAGUCUCUUUGAACUCAUCUAACAAUAUUGCCGAUUCGUACCGCCGUUUUGGAAUAUCACCAUCCACCAAGGACCUUAUUGUCGUCAAAGUCACUCAUUCGUCGGAAUCAACCCCCGCCAAGUCCAAGGAGAGCAUCCAGGAGCAUUUGACACAACAUGUCAAGGGUAGUUCCGUGGACGCCACCGACACCAACAUCGCCGCUACCACUGAUAUGGCCAAGGUUCGCAAAUACUACAAGCUCAACGGCCUGGCCUGGCUGGACGCAAUCAAAGAUGAGCAACAAAAGCACGCAGAAUUAGAAACACUUGUAGUUAGCGCUAUAGCACUACGAGGCAUUUGA